AAACAUAAAUACAAAUGUCAAUAAUCAUCCGCGCUGCUUUGUAUAACCGUACCAGGGUGGGUCAAUAUAAAUUCUCACUUUCCGAAAAUAGCGAGUAUGAUUUUCUGAAAAUUGAAUUAUUAAAUCAUUAUUUAACACAGGAGCUUGAUAUCUAAGUUUUCUAAAGAUACCAAUAGCUUCAACGAAUUCAGAUAUGACAGUAUUUACCCAAUUUGUUGCAGGUUUAAUUGUGUGGUUUGUUGCCGGACAUGUGGUAAUGAGUUGUUCAGAACAAGAUAUUACAGAUAAAUUAACCAAGUGCUUGUCUUUAUCAACUAACGACCUCACUACACCGACAGCCGAGGACUUGUUAUCCUCAUAUUGCAAAAGUGUUGAGUGCAAUCUCAAAUGUUACAUUGAUGCAAUCGGUGACUGCUACACGCAAGACCAAUUCUUCACGUUCAAUCCAAAUUUAUUGAAGGCGACCACUAGAGCAUUUUGCAAAAAUCAAACUGAGACUAUGGCGGCUUUUAUCAAUUGUCAAUGGACCGAUACAUCGUGUCUAACUAAUCUGGCGACAGCUCUAGCCUCUGCUAUAACGGAAUACACUAAUAAACUAUGCGGCCCCCCCGGGUAA